ACCAUGAUACCUUAACGCGCCCAAUCCUCGCGUGAGGUCUCGCCUCCUCUCCUCUCUUAAACGUGAGCAGCUCGUUGAAGGACAUCUCUCUCGGUCUCUCUUGGAUUCAUGCGCUCUCAGAGCGAAUUCUUCUGCUUCGGCUAAUCGAAACCCUAGAUUCGCUUCCAUUCUCUUCAGUAUUUUGUCUUGGGAGUGUUUUAAGGAGUCGGAGUAAACGCUCUCUUUGAAUUCUGCUUAACAACUUGGUGGAAAGGUCUUUAAUUUUCAGGCUUCCUCCAUUUUACAUUGAAAGGGGGCCCUGCUUCAGUUAUUCACCUAGCUUAUGAAAAUGGACCUGGAAGAUAAAUUUCUGGCCAAAGGGGGGUAGUAGUGGAAAAAACAGAAGAGGGUGGCAAUCAUUAAUGGUGGUUUAUAACACGGCUGUACUGUACUUAGAUUUGUGACGUGGUUUAAGUAUAGAUGACGUUAGACAGUGGGAAAGUUUUGUCAUAAUUUCCUUGUAAUUAUGUCAAUUGUUGCCGAUUUUCUGGCGUUCAGAGCCUUUCUUCCAGUGUGCAAAGCACCCCAGAGAAAAAUGGGCAUUCAGAUGAUGCUUCAAGAAGCCCAGAACUCCUUCAAGAGUUUCUGAAAUCUGGUCCAAAGAAGGAACUUCUUCGAACAUGCUUUGAUAAGGAAAGGAAAAACUCGUCAAAAAGCAAAAUGACAGAACUUCAUAAGACUAAUAAUAAAACCAUAAAGAAGCAGGACUCUAGGAAAGCUUCUUCAAGUUCCAACUUUCAGUCUUUUAGUAAGCAACAACGGAAGGGGGAAAAUCCUAUGCGACUCCCACCUGCUGCUGAACAGUCUCCUGGUUUUGGAUAUACGAAGUCAUGGAUCUGUAAAAAUUCUGCUUGUAGAGCUGUUAUAUCCAUAGAUGACACAUUUUGCAAGAGGUGCUCUUGUUGCAUCUGUCACUUAUUUGAUGACAAUAAGGAUCCUAGUCUUUGGUUGGUAUGCACAUCUGAAUCUGUUCAGGGAGAUUCCUGUGGGUUAUCUUGUCACAUUGAGUGUGCUCUUCAACGUGAAAAGGUGGGGGUUGUCGAUCUUGGGCAAUUGAUGCAGCUAGAUGGUAGUUACUGCUGUGCUUCUUGUGGCAAAGUUUCAGGGAUACUUGGAUGCUGGAAGAAGCAGUUAGUAAUUGCGAAGGAUGCUCGUCGUGUUGACGUUCUAUGUUAUAGAAUAUACUUGAGUUCCAGGCUUCUCGAAGGCACAUCCAGGUUUAAAGAACUGCAUGAGAUUGUAAAAGAUGCAAAGGCUAAACUAGAAACUGAAGUGGGCCCAGUGAAUGGAGUAUCUGCCAAGAUGGCUCGUGGCAUUGUCAGCAGACUCUCUAUCGCCAGUGAUGUGCAGAAACUCUGUUCUCUUGCAAUAGAGAAAGCAGAUGAAUGGCUGGCCACUGUUUCCGAUGUGAACCCAACUUGUAGAGAAGAUUCCCUUCCUGCUGCUUGCAAGUUCUUUUUUGAAGAAGUAACACCAUCCUCUGUUGUGAUUAUCUUGAUUGAACUCUCUAAGGCAUCAUCUGAUAAUAUUAAGGGCUACAAGCUCUGGUAUUGCAAAAGUAGAGAAGAGACACAAACAAAAGAACCCAUUUGUGUUUUUCCCAAAGCACAGAGAAGGAUUAAAAUUUCCAAUCUGCAGCCCUGCACAGAAUAUACCUUUCGAAUAAUUUCUUAUACAGAGGCAGGUGACUUGGGGCAUUCUGAGGCCAAGUGCUUCACCAAGAGUGUUGAGGUAAUUCACAAGAAUCUGAAUUCAGCAGUUGCCAUGUACUGUAAGAAAGAGAAUCCCGUCAUUGAUGGCAGUUAUUUGAGUUCCAAAAGGGAGCCUAAGAAUACAACCGAAGUUGGUUUUUCUUCUGGAUUUAAGGUUCGAGACCUUGGGAGGAUCCUGCAUCUGGCUUGGGCCCAAGAGCAAGACUGCUUUGAAGGGUUUUGCGGUCCCGAGGUGGAAAAAUGCUGUGGAGUAAGCAAAGUGGUCAAGCCUGAAGCUCUUGAGGAAGAACGGUUACCUUUUGUUUCACGUGGGCUUGACUUGAAUGUUGUUUCAGUGCCAGAUUUGAAUGAAGAGCUCACCCCUCCAUUUGAGUCCUCCAGGGAUGAAGAUAAUGGAUGCACUUUGCAGCAGGCUGUUGAGGCAGAUGAUGACGCUGCUUCCCAUGACUUAAAGAAGAAUGGUCUGGCUAGGUCACAUGGUAGUGAUGACUCACAGACAUGGACACAUGGGCCAGCUGUUGAUUCCCGGCCAGAGUCUUGCAGGAAAAGGGUUGCAAACUCUAAUGAAGAGACACAUGAUUGUGACAGCACUUUGAUAAAUGGCUCACCACUUCGAAUCUCCAAUGGUUCAUGUUGCUUGGAUGAGAACUUUGAGUACUGUGUGAAGGUAAUCCGAUGGCUGGAAUGCGAGGGUCACAUUAAACAGGAAUUUAGAUUGAAAUUGUUAACAUGGUUUAGCUUGAGAUCAACAGAGCAAGAACGUAGGGUGGUCAACACAUUCAUUCAAACAUUGAUUGAUGAUCCUAGUAGCUUAGCAGGACAACUAGUCGACUCCUUUUCUGAUAUUAUAUCUUUCAAGAGGUCACGAAACGGAUUCUGUAGUAAGCUGUGGCAUUGAACAAGGGGGCAGCAACAGCAGUUUAAUUUACAGGAUUGCUAAUUUGCUUCAUGUUUAAUUUUUUUCCUUGCGAUAAAUUAUCCCUGAUUGUCUUCACCGUUCAUUGUACAGGCAUUUUUUCUUAGUCGACGUUGAUUUGAGUUGGUGAUUGCAGAGAGUACCUGAUGAUUCUUGGAAAAAGGGUGGGGAGGGGGGGUCGGGGGAAGCAGGGGGAGGGCUAGGGCUGGGGCUGGGGCCGGGGUUGCUGUAGAAAGGCACUUUCCAUCUCCUAUAUUCUCUAAUUAGAAUUGAACAUUGCAGGAGUAGCAUUAUUCAUUUUAUGGGGAUGAUAUAUUUAUUAGUUACUUUAUCAUUGCCUUCUUUAAAUCAAAGAAGGAUGUACAUCAAAUCGAUCCAGGAUUUUACAUGAUUAUGUUAAAAGGGUACAUUCUGAUGCAAACAGUCCAUUCAGUGGGGGAUUAAUAUGGCAAAUUAUGACAAAUUGGCAAAUGACACCAGGUCUCAUUGUUCA